AUGAGCGGGAACUUCCUUACCAUACCUGGAAAUGAUUCCAUUCAGAGGCGAUCGAGGAGUUCAUCUCUAACAGACCUAAUAUCUGCUUUUGACACAAAAGCUCAAACACACAGUGACCUACAAAAAGUGACAGCCUUCAGCGGACAUUUUGACAAGAACCAGAAACCUACUUUCUCAAAGGAUGAAUAUGGCAAACCUAUUCCCGGAUCCAUGACCGAGUAUCGAGGCGCUGAAGCUCAGGCAAGAGUAUGUUCAGAGAUGAAGGAGUUAUGCGAAAUCAUUAAUGAGUAUGGUAAAGUCCCCUGCAAGAGCUUGCUACCUCCUGAACUCCAGAGUACCAGUAAAGUUAUAUCAUUUGGAGAGCUGUUUACGAUAUACACAAUUAUAUCCGAUAAACUCGUGGGCUUACUUCUAAGAACUCGCAAGCAUCAGUUGACUUUCUUCGAAGGAGAAGUUUUAUUCCAGAAACGUGACGAUGAUGUUCCAGUAUUCCUGAUGCAGCCCAUUGCUGAUAUUAGAGCUUAUUGUGACAAUAAAGCACUGCAGGCAAGACGAUCCGUGUCUCCAAUGCCGGAUAGGUUGUAA